UACCCGUACUCUAGUGUUUUCACAAUCCUCUACUUUCCAAUUCACAAUUACAGUUCUUCCCUCGUCUCUCUCGACGUUUCUCUUUAAACCAAGACAAGAUAAACAAAGAAAGAAGAAAACUCUUCUUCCAACUUAUUUCACAAACCUUCUUUUCUUCAAAAACUGGUCUAUAAUUAUAUAUUCCUCUAUUUCAUCUUCCUUCUCACCGGACCUAACACUGUGAGAGAGUUAUUGAAGACAUUGUUGAUAAAGAUCCGGUUUCCCUCCACACUCCGCAUGAGCACUGCCUGUGAUUAAACACUGAGAGCAGUACACCGACUUCACUUGUUCUCAGCUUGAAGAAUCAAGCAGUAUUUGCCCCCAUUUAAAUUUUAGCGUUUCUAUUUAACCAUGGCUGAUUUUCAGACAUCUACCCACCGAGCCAGGUGGAUCUUUACUCCACAACAACUGGUUGAGAAAUAUACAGCUGCUAAUCAGAGAGCCAGACAAACCCUAGAGAAGUGUGGAGCAAGUCUAAUGGAAGUAGAUAGUAAUGGGUCUUUGUCAUAUCCUGAACCCCAGACGACCGCAAGCGAUAGUGCUGAAAAACAUUCUCGGGUAAAACCUCUUAGUAAUGAAGAAGAACGGUGUAUGAAGGUAUUUUAUGAAAUCAAGCUACAAGAAGUGUGCAACAAUUUCCACUUCCCUCAUAAGAUCCAGGCUACAGCCCUCAUAUUUUUUAAAAGGUUCUAUCUGCAAUGGUCGGUGAUGGAACAUCAACCAAAAAAUAUAAUGUUGACCUGCAUAUAUGCUGCUUGUAAGAUAGAAGAAAAUCAUGUAUCUGCUGAGGAGCUUGGUAAGGGGAUUUCGCAAGAUCAUCAAAUGAUUCUCAAUAAUGAGAUGAUAGUUUAUCAGAGUCUGGAUUUUGAUCUUAUAGUUUAUGCUCCAUAUCGCUCGGUUGAAGGUUUUACAGAUUAUAUGGAGGAAUUUUGCAAUGCUGGCGAGGAUGAGCUUCCAAAAUUCAAGGCUUUGCAAGAUACGGCAGGGCGGGAAGUUGAUAAAAUGAUGCUUACAGAUGCACCACUCUUAUUUACUCCUGGGCAGUUGGCCUUGGCCGCUCUACGUACCUCAAAUGCACUCCAUAAAGUUGUCGACUUUGAUAGUUUUCUGAGCAGAGUUUUUUCCCUUAAGAAUUCUACACACACAAUGGACGAACUUCUUGAAUCAUUGGAUGCAAUUGAUUCUUGGGUUAGAAAAUACGUUAGUCCUUCAGAGAAGGAAUUGAAGCAUAUCGACCGGAAAGUAAAGUCUUGUUGGGGUCAUAGCUCUCAUGACGACGGAAAGAAGAGAGAGAAGAAAUCAAAGCACAAGUCCAGAAAGAGCUCAAAAGAAGCACAAAAUGUGUAGUCUCUUCUAUAGUUUUAUAUCCCGUUCAAUUGAGGUACUCGUUUUCUGAAUUUCGGAAGAGUUUUUUGGGUUUCUAUUAAUUGUUAAAAAUUUGAACACGAAGGAUGUGGGGAUGAUGAAGAGCUUGUAUUUUUUUCCCCUUCUCUCGAGCUAGUUUUAGCUUACCUCCAAAAGUGAGAUAAUUUAAAGAUGAAUUAUUUGUUUAAAAUUUGCACUAAAUUUACAUAUUUCCUUUAUUAAA